GGUGACGUCACACCGGAGCGCUCGCGCCGUCCGUCGGGACUCCGGUGUGAUGCAGCGGAGCGAGUCCCGGUCAACAUGAAGCGUUCCGCGGAUUCCGAGGAUCCCACCGGAGAAUAACGGAGGAAACCGACGGGAUCGUUCGCUCUGACGCGUGCUGUUAUGAUCGCCGCGGCGCAUGAGCGUCUUUGAGUUUCUGGAGAUGGAAGGAAGAGACUCCGCGAGGAGCAGAUUACGCAGAGACCCCGGUGUGGUGGGCGGAGUCUGUGUGGUGAAAAGAGACUCCUCCCCCUGCAGUAGCCCGGGGGAGGGGCCAGACGACAAACACUUACAGGACGUGCUGUGUGAGCUGGGCGCGGGGGCGGAGCUUAACCUGGAGCUGGACUUGAGGGUGGAGCCUGAGGACGGCAUGGAUCUGCAGGGGGAGGAGCUUAGCUGGGAGACGAAUCAGCAGGAGGCAAACGAACAGGAAGAGCAGAGCAACACGAGCCGCAACACAGCCAGUCCUGAAGCCUCCACAGAUCUCGCCAAAGCAUCAUCUCUGUCGGAGCAGCUCCUGCAGGGCCGUGUGGAGGGGGCGGGGCUUAACAUGGAGUGUCGCAUCUGUGGAGACAGAGCGUCAGGGUUCCACUACGGCGUUCAUGCCUGUGAGGGCUGCAAGGGGUUUUUUCGGAGGACCAUUCGUAUGAAGCUGGAAUAUGAGAAAUGCGAGCGCAGCUGUAAGAUCCAAAAGAAAAGUCGGAAUAAAUGUCAGUUCUGUCGUUUUCAGAAGUGUCUGAUGCACGGGAUGUCCCAUGACGCGAUCCGAUACGGGCGGAUGCCGGAGGCGGAGAAGCGUAAGCUAGUCGCGGGUCUGUUAGCAGGAGAAAAGAGCUCUCCGAACACCAGCGGCUCAGAUCUGAAAUCUCUCGCCAAACGGGUCAACAACGCCUACCUGAAGAACCUGAACAUGACCAAGAAGAAAGCUCGCAACAUCCUGACGGGGAAGACCAGCGCAAGCCCGCCGUUUGUCAUUCAUGACAUGGACUCGCUGUGGCAGGCGGAGAACGGGCUGGUCUGGAAUCAGGUGAUUAACGGAGCUCCGUCCAAUAAGGAGAUCGGCGUGCACGUGUUUUACCGCUGCCAGUGCACGACCGUGGAAACCGUACGAGAACUCACAGAGUUCUCCAAAAGCAUCCCCGGAUUCAUUGACCUUUUCUUGAAUGACCAGGUGACGCUGCUGAAGUACGGGGUGCACGAGGCCAUCUUCGCCAUGCUGCCGUCGCUCAUGAAUAAAGACGGGCUGCUGGUGGCCAAUGGGCGGGGCUUCGUCACCAGAGAGUUCCUGCGCAGUCUGCGAAAACCCUUCAACGAGAUCAUGGAGCCCAAGUUUGAGUUCGCCGUGAGGUUUAACGCUCUCGAGCUGGACGACAGCGACCUCGCGCUCUUCGUGGCUGCUAUCAUCCUCUGUGGAGAUCGUCCAGGUCUCAUGAACGUCCACCAGGUGGAGGAGAUCCAGGACAACAUCCUCCAGGCCCUGAACCAUCACCUGCAGCUCAAUCAUCCCGACGCCAGCUUCAUCUUCCCCAAACUGCUGCAGAAGCUGGCGGAUCUGCGACAGCUGGUGACGGAGAACGCCCUGCUGGUGCAGAAGAUCAAGAAGACGGAGUCCGAGACGUCGCUGCACCCGCUGCUGCAGGAGAUCUACAAAGACAUGUACUGAUCGAACCAUUCCAGGCACGCCGACCGAUCACUGUGACCUUCAGAGCUGGUGUUUUUAUAAAACCGACGACUUGUCGCUGAUGGAGUCAGCGCAAACUUAACUCUAACUUUGUCACGGAUCAGAGACGAUAACAUUCGCAUCAGAUUUCCUCCGUCUUCAGAUCGCAUCAGUGCAUUCCUGUUCAUGAUGGGGACGAAAAUGUCUUUGACAGCACAGUGUCACAAAAACACAUUGACCAGUAAGACACUUAAGAAAUACUUAAAUCUAUUAAAGCUAUUUCGCCGUCUGAAGUUAAAAACCAAAGGUUGCUGCUAUUCUUGAAAUCCGUUCCAUUUUCUCAUUUGUUUGGGUCAUUCGCAAGCUAGCCUUUCGUUAUGUUGCUUAUAAAGCCAAAAACACACUACGUACAUACGCUAACGCAACAUGCGAGCGCAUUGUUGUAUUCAAACGUAUGCGUUUGUGUUCGUGUGGCGGUAACAAACCUCAGUACUGAAGGAGGCGUUAGAGUUUCCGUCAAAUUAAUGUUAUUAAACUAUGUUAUUUCUCUGUUAGCUACAUGUAAACACGUUUAACUAACUUUAACUGGAUAGUAGUUGAGCUAACUUUAAUGCUAAUGUUCCCUAGAGCGCCCCUUGUGGCAGCAUUGAGAAUGCAACAAGCACUUGCGUUGUUUUCAUUGUGGAUCAAAUCGUUAUGAAACGACACAAAACUUAUACUAAUCCUAAAUGCUUUAAGACAAGUUUAUUAUAAUAAAACAAUGCUUAAACUGGUCUCCCAGAUAAAACCUCUCUACAAACCAGCUACGAGACUAGCUAAGACCAGUUUAGGCUGGUUCCUCUUAGCAGGGAUCUUCCCCAAUCACUGACAGAACGUCAUUACAACUUGCAAACCUCAAACUUUCCAUUUUUUUCUGUGUGUUUCUUCCAGUUUGUGUUUUUGAGAAAUGAUGCUGUGAUCACAUUUUCAUCAGAGCUCAUAUCAGAGAUCGAAUAUCUGUCUCCGGAGUUUAUAUUAAUGUUAUUUAAUAACGCUUUAUCACUUAGUUUCCUGAAUAAUGGCUGUGGCCGUAAACACGACGUCCCCAAUCGAGCAUAGCAUAACGCUGUUCCUGUCUCACCCGUGACCUUUGACCUCAGUCGGAUGUUGUUUGCGUGGUUGUGCUGCUAACUGGAUCAUGUAGACAUGCUGUGAAUCUGUUCUGAAUGGAUGGUCUUCCUGUCACAGUUUCCUGGUGAUGUGAACGAGGGGAACACGUCUGUGAUGAGGACGAGCGACCGCUGAUGUUUCCUACGGGCUUUUGUAAAACAUCUGAAUAAAUCUCUAGAGUGUACAACCACA